ACCGACACCAAUCGGAGAGUCUGAGACUCGCCCAGAGAGGAGAUAGUGUUCCAACGUAUUACAUCUAGGUUUAAAUCCACUCUAUUCACAUCAAAUUUUGCCCUCUCCGAUUGUUAUCUACUAAAACCCCAGCGAACUUCUUCAGUCCUUUUGUCUUCCAAAGCCGGAGUUGGAGACAUAAUUCUGUAUAUAACCAAAGGCUUUUCAACAUUGAGGUUAAAUUAUGGCGUUAAAUUUCGAUUCCUUGGUAGAGGCAACUUCAGGAGCAAUUGGAGCGCUUGUCAGUACAACUGUUUUGUACCCUUUAGAUACCUGCAAGACAAAGUACCAGGCCGAGGUUCUAGGAGCUCAUGGAAAUCCAAAAUACAGGAAUGUUUCAGAUGUGUUUUUGGAAGCAGUAUCGAAAAAACAACUUCUGUCGUUGUACCAGGGUCUUGGUACGAAGAACCUUCAAUCGGUUGUUUUUCAGUUUAUCUACUUCUAUGGAUAUAGCUACUUUAAGAAACUCUACCUUAGGACAAGUGGAAAAAAGUCUAUUGGGACAAAAGCUAAUCUUUUACUUGCUGCUGCUGCUGGAGCUUGUACUGUAGUUGUAACUCAGCCUCUAGACACAGCUUCUUCAAGGAUGCAAACAAGUGAAUUUGGAAAAUCGAAAGAACUUUUGGAAACCCUUGCAGAAGGGACUUGGAGUGAGGCGUUUGAUGGUCUUGGCAUAUCGCUUCUUCUCACGACAAACCCUUCCAUCCAGUACACUGUAUUUGAUCAGCUGAAACUGAGACAUCUGAAGGGGAGGCAGCAAAGAAAGAAAAGCGAGGGAGAUAAGUCUUCAGAAGCUUUAUCUGCUCUUAGUGCUUUCGUUCUUGGUGCAGUGUCAAAAUGUGUUGCCACCUGCUUAACUUACCCUGCUAUCAGAUGCAAGGCGACUAUUCAAGCAGCUGAAUCAGAUGAUGACGAUGGAGAUAAAGAAACCAGACCUCGAACCAGAAGGAAGACGUUGCCAGGAGCUAUCAGUAUUAUUUGGAAGAGAGAAGGCCUGUUCGGUUUCUUCAAGGGACUGCAACCGCAGAUAUUGAAGACUGUACUAAGCUCAGCCUUGCUUUUGAUGGUUAAGGAAAAGAUCACAAAAACCUCAUGGGUUGUUAUGCUUGCCAUUAGGAGCUACUUGUUAUUAGGGAGAAGGGGCAGGCUAAAUAAUGCCUGAAAUUGUAUGUCUCUUACAUUAAAAGAGGUAUGGGAAUAAUAAUGGAUUCAAUAAUAAUUCAUUCAGAUUA